AUGAGCAAACCGGAUCUCGUCACGCAAUCCUAUUCGACAAGGGCAUCGAUCCAUCCAAGUCCGAUAGCCCGACGGUUAUUGAAGCUCAUGGACGACAAACAGUCCAACUUAUGCGUCUCAGUUGAUGUGACCAACAAGGCUUCAUUCCUCAGAAUCGUAGAGGCCGUCGGCGAUCAUGUGUGUAUGAUCAAGACUCACAUCGAUAUUAUCGACGAUUUCGAUCAAGAUCUCAUAGAAAAAUUAGUCGAACUUAGUCAAAGACACAACUUUAUGAUCUUCGAGGAUCGUAAAUUUGCUGAUAUUGGGAAUACGGUUAAAUAUCAAUACUCAUCAGGAAUCUACAAGAUUGCCGAAUGGUCAGACAUAACGAAUGCGCACACGGUUCCAGGAGAAGGAGUGAUCACGGGCCUAGCAGAAGUCGGAAUCCCGAGAGGGAGGGGACUAUUAUUAUUAGCGGAGAUGUCGAGUAAAGGGACGCUUGCCAAGGAUUCUUACACGGUGGAGACGGUGGAGAUGGCCCGAAGACAUCCCGAGUUUGUCAUCGGAUUUAUCUCCCAACGAAGGCUCGAAGGCCUCGGAGUCGAGGCCACCACACAUCAAUCCGAUGGUGCCCGACCGGAAGACUUCUUGGUGCUCUCCCCAGGCGUCGGUCUCGAUGUCUCCGGCGACCAACUCGGCCAAAACUAUCGCACUCCAGACCAAGUCGUCUACCAAAGCGGAGCCGACGUGAUCAUCGUCGGCCGGGGGAUCUACGGUCAACAAGAUAAAUCCGGCGAUUCUAAUCAAGCAAUUAUCGCUCAAGCCAUUCGAUAUAAACAAGCCGGCUGGGAAGCCUACCUCAAACGGCUGGCCUCACCUCCUUGA